AAAGUGCACUGGGAUUUUAACGUGUUCGCUUCACAGCUUCUAACGGGCUGUGCAACUAAAGCGCCCAAGCCUUGUUUCUCAUCGACUCCACUAUCCUAACUCCCUUGUUUACUGUCGGUCUAUACACCAAACUGCGCCUCACCACCUUUGCUAUGUCUUGCAGAUGAUCUCGUCCUCACGCUUUCUUUUCAAUCUUGUCAUGGACGCUGCUCUUCUCCUAAUCGCAGGAAACGAAACAUGCCCUCAGCCGCAGACAUCAGAGCACUUGGCCAGGGUUGAAAUCAUGAAGUUGGGAAGCAUCGAUAAUUUGCAGAACAAGGUCGACUUGAUCAGGCUCUUGAGCACAAAAAAAUCAAUUGUUGUAUUUGUUAAGGAUGGGUCUUCCGUGGCAUCCAUCAUCCAAUGUUGUAUUAAUUCUCGUAACAGGCACGGCAUCACUCAUCGUUUCGAUAUGCAACCGAAGUACAACAUCGACGCUGUCAACGAAUACAAUACAAAGCGUCUACCCAUCCCUGUCCGCGACUUUGCUUUUCGAUCCCCGUCUCAUCCGUUCCUUCGAUGUCAACAAACCCGGUGCUAAGG